AUGCCUCGCCUACACCCAUCCAGACAACACAAACAACAAAUGAGACUCACCACCACCGUCCUUUCGAUACUCGCCACAACGACGCUUGCACAACAGUCAAAACGUGGCUUUGCAUUCAUUGGCGACACGCACAAGUCUGAUAAUCGACUUCUCACCUCCGAAACCUCGCAACUAUCAUGGUACUACAACUGGUCACCCUACCCAAACAGCGAUCUUAUCCCAGCCGACCGACUUGAGUUCGUGCCUAUGAUUCAUGGUAUCGACGCCACCAAAGACCAACAAACUGAGCGUGUAAUACGAGGCUUGCCAGAGAGUAGCAAACAUCUGCUAUCCUUCAAUGAACCGGACGGCUCAGAAGGCAGUGGCGGAAGCAGCAUAAGCCCCGAAGAUGCUGCGAAAGCUUAUAUCGAUUACGUUGUUCCCUUUCGCAACGGCGACAGCGGAGGCCGAAAAUGGUUGAUCAGCCACCCUAGCACAACUGGUAGUCCAAACGGUCUUGACUGGUUACGUCGAUUUAACGAGUCUUGCUAUGAUAUUGACUCUGAAAACGGUUGCCCAGCCGACUUUGUAGCUGUGCAUUGGUACGGUGCUUUUGAUGGCCUUGCGGGCUGGCUAGGCACCCUAGAUGAGUUCUACAACACCAACACAUCGCGAAGCGUCCCGUUGAAGCUCUGGAUCACGGAGAUGGCGCUGCCCCAGCAAGACGCAGAUAACACCGUGGAUAUGAUGAACCAGACGCUACCCUACCUUGAUGGUGAGGAGAAUGUCGAGAGAUAUGCAUGGUUCGGCGCGUUCAGGCCCGAUGACGCGAAUGAAUGGACCGGCGACGGGGUAGCAUUGUUCAAUGAUGAUGGCGGUCUUACGGAGCUGGGAGCGCUUUAUAUGGGAGACGGAUUCAAGGAGGGGCAGAAGGGAGAAGGUGCAGAGGAGGAUGCUGGAAGUGGACUCCGUGUCAGCGUUGGAAUGAUGGCCGCUCUCGCUGAGCGCUGCAUAGCAUGA